AUGCGCACUCUGAAAAGUAUUCUCACCAUAGUUGAGAACGACCCGAACAAAACUUGGCGAGAUGAACUUCUAGAUGUGCAGUUUCCUCUAAAUAGUACGCGGUCCAGGGUAACUGGAUAUUCACCCACAGAGCUAAUGUUUGGGAUAAAAGCUCAAUCCUUAAGUAUGUCAAAAAUUGUAUUAAGUUCCGAACCUGAACCCCGAUCAGACUUAGACACCAUCAGACGUAAUGCUGCUGACAACAUUGCGAAAGCAGCUGCAGCAGAAGUAGAGCGAUUCAAUCGAGGCAAGGCAGUCGUGAAGCCAUUCCCUAUAGGCGAGUAUGUUUUUAUAAUAAACAACGAGCGCAAUCAGACAAAACUUCAUAAAAAAUUCAAAGGUCUAUUUUUAAUCACUAAGGUGUUAGAAAAUGAUAGGUACUCGUAUGAGCUGAAAAACGUUGAUGGGUCUAAUAGGAUUUACAAAUAUGCUCACGAAAAUCUUCGUUUAGUACCCGGGGGCUAUGACGGUCUGGUAGAGAUCGCUACGUCGUUAAUUAAUACUGAUGAGGAGGAGUUCGUGACGGCGGGGCAGAGCCAAUAUGAUAGGACACUAACAUCAGGUGAGGACAGUGACACAAUAUCGGUGUCCAGCGGUCGUACCGAAACGGCAAGCUCAGCAACCCUCUCAGCAUCAGAACGCGAGGAAUUUUAA